AUGGCUCCUAUGCCAGGUUACUCAUAUCCAUCUUAUAGAGUCAUUCCCACCAACCAGAUGGCCCAACCGAGUGGGAUUGCUCCAGGUAGAUUGUCAUUGGAUACGAGACCUCGACAGCUCACUUUGUCUGAGAGCUACCAGCCAGUUGAUGAGGACAAUGAUGACUUUCUGGUUGACCAUCCAGAUGGGGAUGAGGUUGCAGAUGAGGAUGAUGAUGAGGACGACGAUGAGGAUGAGGCGGAUGGUGAGGAUGAUGAUGAUGGGGGUGAUGGUCCGGAUGAUGCUUCAGUGCCUACUGUAGGUACAACCACUAGCGAAAAAGAAAAAGGAUACAACCUUAGAGCUGACCCCCCUCGGCAGAGUGCUAGUCGGUAUACCCUAUCCACUUUUAAAAAGGUUGCAAAGAAAUGCAAGAAAUUAGUCAAAGAUGUAAAAUGGGCGAUGAGAAAAUGA